GAUGGUUAGAUCGAAGAGGGUAUGGACGAGAGGUUCAUAAAGACCUCGUUUAACCUCAUGAGUCAAGACCCCACUCAUGUCAAAGUGGUGCGACCGAAGUCAGGACAACCCAUUGGUUACGGAUUCAUAUCGUUUGAAAACGAAGAAACCGCUCAAAGAGUUCUGCGAGAACUGAAUGGACAACAGAUCCCAAAUGCUUCACAGGUUGGCAAGAAGUUUCGGCUCAAUAUAACGAGUAGUCGAGAGGACAACGAGUUCUCUAUAUAUGUGGGAGACCUGAGUGCCGAAGUGGACGACUACACUCUACUCAAUGCCUUCGCAAAGCACUACCCGUCCACCUGUUCCGCCAAAGGCCAGAGCCGUCGCUUUGGUUUCGUGCGAUUCAGUCAAGAGAGCGAAUACCACAACGCUUUGGUUCACUGCAAUAACUCCAAUAUCUUGGGCCCCAAACCCAUUAGCGUGAGGGCUGCCAAACCGCGCAAGUAUUCCAGACAUCAUAACACCAAUUAUAGUCAACAUAGGGGCCGCACCCCUGAUCUGGUCACCACUGAGCUCUACACACCACAGCAACAAACAGAAACUCCAGAAACGGUGUAUCCGUCGGACAUGAAUGUCAAUUACAGUGGAGUUCCCGUCUCAGGCCAACCCAUAUGGGUCUACCCAAUGUUGCCAUACGGAGCCGCUUUGCCUUUGAAUUAUGGCGACCCCUAUGUCUACGGACAGCCCUCCUAUGGUCAGCCACUCUAUUACCAGAACUGUGAUCUGUCGUCGUAUGGACUCAAUGGACUCAUUCCCGGACCCAUAUAUGUGGCCGACGGACAGAACCAUUACAUCGACGAUAAACUCAAUGAGGAGAUGAUGGCUAAGAAUGAGGACUUGUAUGCAACCAUUGAGAACACCCGUUGGACGUCCAUUGAGGCCGAGAAAGAGCCCAAAAUGCAAUAGUCUGCGAACGUGUGAAUUAUUGGCUCAACUAAAAUGUCAUGGCUGUGAUGAAUAAAUGUCAUUCAAUAGUUUGUUGGAUAAAACUUGUUUAAGAAACUGAUAUAACAUUAAGUCAACUCAUCAUUUCAUCACUAUUUGUGUCUUUCAAAUGUUCAGUUUCUGGUUUUAUAUUCAAAAAAUAUUUUAUAUUUGUUU